ACCAAACGCAACCCAAGUCAAACUCCAAACUCGCUAAAAGGGUUGCAAAAGGGCGCCGACUAGGGCGGUGGCCGGCAGCGGUGGCAGGAGUAUUAGCUAUGGAUGGCCAGGAUGUUGCGAACCUUGGUGGCGAUGAAACCCUAACCAGGAAAGCUCCUCAACUUGUUAAUGUUCUGAAAGAGAUGAAGGAUGGGUUGGAUGCUGUGAGGAGCAAAGUAGAAGACCUAACCCAAAAGAUUCGUCCAAUAGAUAAGAAGCUGGAAUACCAAGUUCAAAAGCUCACCUGGGCUGCUGGGAAUGUUGCAUCUGAGAAGACAGUGAGUGUCAAUGUGAAUGAGAAAGAUGAGAGACAAGAGGAGGAUGACCCAUUGAUCUACCGCCCAAAUCCUGACACGCUUGUUAGCAAGUCAACACAGGCUGUCCAGGAUAAUGGAGGUAUUUACCAUCCCCCAAGGUUUGCACCUACAAGCAUGGAUGAGGAUAAGAUAACAAAACAGGAGAAGCAGGCUUUGAGACAGGAAAAAGAAUUGUUGCGACAGGCAAAACAAAGUUCCUAUGUUAAAGAGCUGGAUGCUUUUGAAGAUAGACCUGAAGAGGUGAAAGAAAUCAUAGGAGCUGAAAGCAGAGAACUUACGAGAUACAUAGCAAAGUAAGAGGAGCGUGCCGGACAGGAAGAAGAGCUUUUCACUCGUGCACCAGUUACAAAACUGGACAAAAGAAUAGAGAAGCACAUGAGGAAGUCUAGACAUGGAUUGCUGGGCUUGACUGAUGGAUUCUACAAUGAAAUUAGAUCAUUACCUCUAGAAGAGAAGGAAGAUGACAAGAGUACUAGCUACAUGGAUGCUAGUAGGGGAAGGAGAAAAAUGAAUGAGCGCAAGCUAUAUUGAGUUCAAGAGAAAAAAAUUAUAUUUUAAAUCCCUGUUCUUUUUCCAAGAUUGCAUGUUUUUACAUUUUAUUCUUUUUUUCGAUGUGCUGCUCUAGGUUACUGCAACAUAUUGCAUUAUAAUUCACCUCAACAAUUCUAAACAAGCUGAUCAUUGAUUCUA